ACUAAAUUUCAGCUAAAAAUCAAUCCGAAGUCAAUCAAGUGUGGAAUUGAAAAACACUACAAUGUUUACAUAUAUAUUUAAAGCACAAUGUUUAUAAAUAAUUUAUUUAAUUGUCUUUCCAAUUAAAUUUUAAGUUAAAAUUAAAUAUAUAGUAUCAUAAACUACACUUAUGAGUAACGUGUUAAAAAAAUUAUCAAUAAAAUCCCAAAAUGACCUUACUGGAUGACGGGUCCUGUGAGACCACCUAACCCCAUUGCUACUCAGCAAAGGAAACCUCCCACGUCUUUAUAUUAGACCAAAAUAAUUACGAGUAUAUUCUUCACAAGAAAUGGAGACGACGAUGCAAAUGCAGUUGGCCGCCGCAGCGGCAGCUGCGCUGCUCCUGGCGACUGGAUUUACCACGGCGGCGAGCGCGGCACAAACCGAAUCUAGAGGAGUCGGGUGGGGCUGCCCGAGCAAGUGUGGAAAUGUAACAAUAGACUACCCGUUCGGAAUCGGGGAGAACUGUGCCUUGAACAGAGACUUCAAUCUCAACUGCGACGGCCAAGACUCAAUUGCGAAGUUAUGGACGACGACCCACUCCCACAAUUCCCAAACCCAGAAAAGGGAGUCCCAAAUCACAGCCAUUGAUUACGAGAAAGGGCAGAUGGAUUUUGUUAUGCCAGUAUCCAGCUUCUGUUACACAGAAUCCGGCAAGAAUUUAUCAGUCAAACCGGACUGGCUUAAUGUCCCAAAUGCCUUCACCGUUUCCAGCAAAGCCAACACUUUCUUCACCGUCGGCUGCAACACUUAUGGACUGUUCAGAAGCUCGAAAGGGGGCAGUAAAUUCUCGACUGGGUGCGUACAGAUUUGUGACAGAGCCCCGAAAAAGAAGGAUGUCGGGAACUGCUCUGGGUUCGGGUGCUGCCAGACGAAUAUCCCGGCGAUCGGGCUGAGGGACAUCGGGGCUGAGGCCAGGAGCCUCCCUUUCGAUAAAAAAGUGUGGAAGUUCAACAACUGCAGCUAUUCAUUUGUGGCGAAAAAUGGGUGGUAUGAUUUCAUCCCGGAGGAUCUGGCCCAUCUGAGGUUUGACUCGGCGCCUCUGGUCAUAAAUUGGGCUGCCGGGAAUCAGAACCAGACCUGUAAAAGUGUUGAUAAAGACAAUGGAUAUGUUUGCGGCUUAAACACAGAGUGUGUCGAGACGGAAUUCCGGUGUGGGUACCGAUGUAAAUGCAAAGACGGGUAUACCGGGAAUCCAUACCGCCUUCAUGGAUGUCAAAGUAAGGACUUUUUACUCUAUUUUCUAAAAAUUCAUUCUCACUAAUGCAUUGAUCGAACUGAUCUUCCUUCCUCAUGUUCAAGUCGUCUUACCUUAGUA